CCUAUUUACUGACUCAAGUCAACUAUUUACCUAAUCAGGACAGUGGAAACUCCUGAACAUCGUCAGUAAGGCACACUUUAAGUUGACGCGACACAACAGCAUCAACAACAUCAUCCGUCUUGGGCUAUUUGAUAUCCUUUCGGCUCUAGACAACUCUUCGUCUUCAUUCUCUCAUUCAUGAUUCUCUCCUCGUGUCCUCGGACCUUCUAGCCCCGGACCUUUUCCUGAAAGUGGCUACCAACUAAUUAUUAGAACUAAUCUAAUACCGCCGUCGUCCAAGUCACGCGAGCUCGCAACCCCAUAGUUUCGUGUUCUCCUUCUCACCCUGAUUGCUACGUUGCAAGUUGUCGACUCUUGAUCUCUGGUGUAAUAGCAACAUUCAAAGCAUUGAGAUGGUCUAUUUCGGAGGCUUCUACGUCGUCUUGGUGGUCUUCAUCGCCGCCUCCGUCGUCCUGUCACGAUUGAUUAGUCGUAUGAACACGACGCCGCCGGAGAUCUUGCCAUUGUCGCCGAAUCGCGUGACGCGUAAAGAAAUCCUCGAGGCCUAUGAAAGGGUUAAGAAGAGCCCUAUCGAUGUCCGCAAGUUCAUUCCACCAGCGACGGGAAGGCGGUAUAUUAUAGUCGGCGGAAGUGGUCUUGUCGGUGGCUGGAUCGCGCAGCAUCUUCUUAUGCGCGGGGAAAAGCCGGCAGCCAUUCGAAUCGUUGAUGUUAAGCCCAACAUAAGACCUGAUGUCAAGGACCGCGUGGCUUUUAUCAAGACCGACAUUACUGAUGCUGCUGCUGUGAAGAGCGCUUUUAGCUCUCCUUGGCCGUCGGAUAUCGCGGGUCAGCCAUUGACCGUCUUCCACAGCGCCGCCAUCAUCAAUUCUUUCGAGCGUGCCGAGGACCUGAUGGGCCCUGUGUUCAAGGUCAAUGUGAAUGGAACAGCAAAUGUAAUAGAGGCUGCCAAGGAGGCCAAAGCCAGUAUCCUCAUUUCAACAUCAUCAAGCUCGAUUGCCCUCGUCAACGCCGAAUACUUUGCGGAGCCGUUCGCCAGGUGGCCCAAGAAUCUCAUUCAGGUUAUAGACAAUGCCGAUCCGCCCAAGCCAGUCUCCGAGAUGAAGCAUUAUGAGUAUUGUGGUAAUUAUGCCAAAUCCAAGCAUCUUGGCGAGACCUUGGUAUUACAAGCCGAUAACAAGUCUGGAGGCUUCAGGACAGGAUCCAUCAGACCCGGUCAUGCCAUUUAUGGGCAUGGCGUAGAAGAUAAUUCCAGCGUUACUUGGCAAUAUCUCAACCGUGCAGGAGCUCCAAGCUGGAUCACCAACUACGUCCAAAAUCUCGUCAACGCACAGAAUGUCUCGAUUGCACACUUGCUUUUCGAGUUCAAGCUCGUUGAUCCGUCACCAAAGAAAGAUCUAGGCGGUCGGGCAUACUGCGUGGUGGAUCCCAAGGGACCCAUUGUCUACGUCGACCUCUACCAGAUGCUCACAACGCUCUCAAAGACGCCAAUUAACUUUCCGUACGUCCCGGCGUUUCCAAUGCUCUGUGUCGCGCACCUUGUGGAGGUAUAUGCCACCAUCCAACGCCGAUAUGCGACGUUCCUACCUCCACUCAGUGGUGACAUCAAGAACUUACAGCCUGCGCUCUUCCAGAUGUGCACCAAGCACAUUGCGUUCAAUGACAAGGCCGCGAGAGAGGAUCUGGGGUACAAGGGUCCGAUCGCGUCGAUUGACGGUAUCGCAGAGGAUGUCUAUGUGUGGAACCGAAACUUCGAGGCAAAAAGUGCGGCGGAAAAGAAGCAGGCAACGCAGAACAUAGAGGAGGCCAAGCCGGUAGUCCCAGUCCCGUUGCCUACCGUCCGGUAGAUUGUGCGAUCGGUGCGCGCCGAUUGGGCCUUAUAGAUGCUAUUAUCAUAGACAUUCUCGAUAGAGUAUACAUUGCGGCAUGUUUGAUAUGCUCUACAACGAGCCCAUGUACACACCACUGCGUCGUGAUGCAGCAGCGGGCUGAGUAUUGUAAGAUUUGCGUAUUGCGCCGUGCUAGACUUAACAGGUUCAUCAGUCCUUACAAGUCGUAUAUUACUCCAACAAGUAAGUCCCAGCACACACCAGUUUCGUUCGCA